AUGGCCACCGCACACCCCUUCGACCCGAUCGUCAUCAACGGCGGCUUCGAACUCGGCGUUUUGGCCCCGUGGAUCCCCUCCGACGUCAACGCCGCCACAAUCCAGAAUGGGACUCAAGCGUUUGCCGGAGACUACUUCCUCGCUCUCCAAACGGCCCCCGGAAACCGCGCCAACAGCGUGCACCAAGUCCUCCAUGGACUCGACACGACAUCUACGUACUCCCUGACAGCCCGCGUCUGGGGCCCUCCUGUUUCGUCGGCGAACUUCUGCCAUGCGUACAUCUACGUUGGCUCGAAUGCCACGACGGGACUGGUUGACAAGGUCGACAUCUCGUAUGAGCAGUCUGGACAGUGGCUGCCGCUCGAGGGGACAUUCCAGACCGAGAACACCAAGUUGCCUCUGUAUGUCCAGGCCUCCUGUACACUCUCCGGCGCGUCGCAUACGGGGACGCUCCUGUUUGAUGAGAUUACCGUGACGGAGAUUCCUGCUGUCUUGGAUUAG